AUAAGAGCCGUUCCGCAGACCCAGUUCUACUCUGGACAGAAAUCCUACUCAGCAGAUAAGAGGGACACUAUCGCAGACAUCGCCUACGAACUUACAACCGGAAGCUCGAAAAGCGACACCGCUAUGUCAUUUUAUUUCGACUUUGGCUACGACCAAGAGACAGACAAUUACACUCUUACAUUUACGCAGGAGUACUCACAGCCAAUAUUUAAUCCCCGGCCGUUUUACAGGUUGAAUCGGGUCCCGUCCGAGUCGAGUACUAUUCGGAUCGAUUGGUCGACGAGUUUUAGUAGGGAGGUAGAUUCGGAAACUCCUCCUGGUGGUCGAAACCUAUUUGCUACCGUUUCAUACUACCCGCCCGCUGAUCUAAACCGCCAAAUCCAGGACAUCAUGAUCGAGGAGCUCCAAUCUGUCAAGAAAACGCCGGGAUUCCUUCCGAAUCUCGUUAUCCAGCCUUUGUAUGAGGCUUCCAUUCGUGCGUCGAAGGAGAGAGGAGGAAGUGCCGCUGGUCUAGAUGCCAAUGGUCCACUAACUGUCGUUCUUCUGACUACGCUAUGGAAUAACGCUUCUGAAAACGACGCUAUGAAUACCUUUGUUAGCAAUUGGGUCGAGAAAUCCACUGCUGUCACACGGGAUGCUGGAGAGCAUCAUCCAUGGAUGUAUAUCAACUAUGCAAGCAAAGAGCAAGACCCAUACGGUGGUUAUGGGGAGGAGAACCUGGAGAGGCUGGGGAGGAUCCAGAGGAGUGUUGACCCUGAUGGUGUGUUUACUUCGAGGGGAUUGUGUAGGGGGGUAUUUCAAGUUACUGUAAAAGCCAGAAGUUAG